AUGACAUUGCUUCUUUUCGUCUUCAACCUUGACUCGCUCGAUCAUCUUUAUGUCAUCACCUCAGCCUCAACAAGGAAUCUUGUCACCCUGCCGUCGACACCACCAUUGCCGCCUCCCCUUCUUUCUGGUACAAGUACCACGUUCAAUUCCCCAUAUACGCCGGCACAACCUGGCUUCCAGCAACAGUUCGGUCAAGACCAACAAUUUGUUGACCCGAUCGGGUCUGGAGGAGGAGAUUUCAAGAACGGAGGAGAUUAUUGGGCAUUCAACGCCUUCAGCUCACCUCCCUCCCCCUCCACAAUAACUUCCACGAGCGAUUCGCAGACCGGGGGGGACGGUUUCCCCCCUUCUGAUAGCGCCGAAGGCGAAUCAUCAAGUUCUAGAUCAGGCUCAUUUCGUCGUCAAAAUCUAUCUCUUAGUAUUGGUUCACUUCCAACACCUUUUCAGAACGGUCACGUACAAUCACCCGGAUCACUCGCUUCCAGUGGUGCCCCAUAUACGGAUUCCUUUACAUCUUCUCAUAACGUCAACUUCAGUCAAGAUUACUUCCACUUUGCUGCAAAUGGAUCAUAUUCGUCCACAGGUGAAGAAUCGAUGGCAGGGCAGAUACCAUUGAUAGAUCAAGGUCAACAACAGACACAACGAUUCCCACAUUCCCAACCAUCUAGUCCUGUCAGAGUUGACUACCCUUUACCAUUUGGCAGUCAAGUUCGACAGAGAGGGGCCACCUUCAGCGGUGGAACAUUUUACCCUUACGAUCAGAACGCAUCACCAGUGUUCAGUUUCACUCCAACCAUUCCAUCCCAUCCAACAAUACCCUCCCAUCUCGCAUUCACCAACAUUCAAAACGGAACUCAUUCUCCACUGGGACCAUCGCCUAUCAUCGCGGCGUCCCCUGCUCAGUUGCAAGGAGAUUCAUCUUCUUUCUUUACCAUGCAGCCACAAGCACAGCAUCAACUCCAAGGAUUGGGCAUGCAGGAGGUGAUCAUGGAAGAUGUGACUACUCCGCAACCAGCCAUACCACCUCCUUCACUGAGUCGAAAGUCGUCUUACGGUCAGAUGCAACAACAAUCGGUUGGCGGCAUGGCUCCUGAUAUGUCCAUUGAAGAUCAGCUGUCAUUACUGGAAAAGAUCGCGAUUUCUGCCCAAACCGCCAAAAACGCAUUACUUCGUGGGGAGCAAGUUGAUGUAUCAGCUAGUCUCGGCGACAUCAAUCAUCAGCUGGAGAUCGCCAGUGAAUUGGGAGUUGGACCCGCUCCAACACCUAGAGACACAAAUACACCUAAUUCCCAGGUGUCUCCUGUCAACACUUUCGCCACUUCCUCACCCGUAGUGCAGACAACCGUUCAUCCAGCUUUUCACAGCGCAAUGAUGCAGAAUUCGGCGUCUGCACAGAUGCAGCAAAUGACGCCAAUCAACGUCGAACAACCACAAGGGCUAUUACCUUCUUUACCGGUUGAUGGCCCAGGAUCUGCGACAAACAGAGCAGUGUCAGCGACUCCUGCAUUAUCAAAUUUUAGCCACACGAUGCCGGUAUCACCAACAGAUUACCUCAACGGAAACCGAUUGCAAGCACCACCUUUAACGCAUUCUCACUCCUUCCCGAACGGCCACCAACUUCCUAGUCAAAUCCAAAACGGAAUGUCGCCCAGUACUCCGGUUCUUACAUCAGCAUCGUUCAUGGCUGCUAUUGGCGUACAGCAUGCUCCCAUCGUUUCAUCUCCAUUGGCCACGAUCCCUCCAUCGCGAGCUCCCAGCCCUCUUAGGUAUACUAUGCCACCUCAGCAAUGGAACACCGAUAUGGCGCCUCCAGCGGAAGCUUCUUCUUCCCAGCAAUCUCAAUUCCAGCAACAGAAUCUCCAACAACAAAAUUCGCAUUUACAAGGUCAUUACAUGUCAGCCCAAUCCCAAUCGGCUCCUCAAGCUACAUCGCUGGAACGUCGAGUUUCACAGAGUGAACGAGCUGAUGGGCUUCCAAUCGCUCGAGGCCGAAGUACAUCUGUCAAUCACAAACAGUGGUCUCUCCCAAGCAUGACCACUAGUGUUCCCCCUUCUACCUUUCAGUCCAGAGCAGCGUCUCCCGAAGACAUGGAGGAGGAUGAAUCAGAUGAUGAUGAGCCGCGGAAGAACAAACGUCGGAGAAGUUCGGUAGGUGGUGAAGGUGUGACCAAUGCAGAUCUUCUAAACGGUGCUAUGAUCUCGGAAGAUAUGAGGAGAGAGUUGGAUCAGAUAUUCUUAGAAUUCCUGAACAAAGUCUGCUCCAAUUUGGAUAUAAGCGAUAGCAAGGGCGACCCAUUGCAUCAAGUUCUUAUGCCCAAAAAGAUGCAACGUCUUGACGAGUCGACUGAUUUCCGACCGUUCAAAUUCCGUAUCCAAGCUUUCACCAACGCUUUCACUGAAGAGCUGCUGGAGCGAGGUAUAACCGAAGAAACCAUGUCUGUGAAGAAAAUCAAAACGUAUUUGUGGAAACAACAUUUAAUCUCCCGGUUCAAUCCCGAUGGAAAGAAAGCCAAAUCCAAGGGGAAUCACAUCUGGAAUGUUGAUGCUAAGAAGCUGCCAGGUGGCGGAUGGGUGUUCAGGCCAUUUGAAAGGCGAAUCAUCGGUCACCCAAACCCUUUCCCCUUGAUCAAUCAUCCAUACGAAUGGGAACCUAGAAUAUGGGAUCCUCAAGCUGCAUCGGAUACAAUCAAAUCGAAGUUCAGCUCACCUGCAGAAGGAAGAGGAAGUUUGCCAUCAUGGUUGAAAUGGGAAGACGAAACGAAACUCGUUGGUAAACCUGAACAACCGACCGGACCAAUAGAAAUCAAAGUUCGAGCCGACUUCAUUGAUGGGUCAAGUAAUCCAAAUCACCUAGAAACUUGGUUCAAGAUUGAGGUUGUGUCGAGUCUGGUACCUGUAUCUGAAACAGAUCGAAUGUACAUCAAUAUGGGUUACCAGUUAUCUUAUAAUCAACCAGAUCAACUCAACCAACCUAUAGCCAUGAUUGAUUCUCAAGGGUAA